GUGGGGGGUGGCGGAGAAACUAAUGACCAUGGCGAACAUUUCGAAGCCCUCUUUCCCACUUCUUCUGCGACUAAAUCAACUCUCCCUCUCCCUCCCUAUAAAUCCAUCUCGCGCUCGGCCAUCUCCUCUUCCAUCCUCCAUUCAUCUCUUUAGCUUCCCCAAUCUGUCCUCUUUUCUCCAUGGAAUCCGCUGUGGUUCUCCGAUCCUUCCAAGGUUCCCUGCAGCCAACUCCAUAUGCACAUUCUUUUCUUCGAAAGCCUGCUGCAGUUCAUAUUUGCAGAGCUGCUUCAAAAAAAUCUUCAUUUUGGAGACUUCAUGUGGAAGGGUGGAGAAACUUCUCAACAAUGGCUAAGAAGCGACCAUCACUUUUGUCUGUAAAGGCUUCAGAAACUACAUCAGCCAUGACUGCUGAUGCUAUGUCUUUGGAUGCAGCUGACGAGAGCUUGCAAGGGGCAAUACAGAAGAUAAAUGCUCAGAAUUCAACAUUUCCAAAUGGGUUUGAGACAUUCGUCCUGGAAGUGUGUGACCAGACAAAUGUUGCAGAGCUAAAACUAAAGGUUGGUGACUUUGAAAUGCAUCUGAAAAGGGGUAUAGAGACCCCAAAAGUUCCAACUUCAAUUGCACCUCCUAUUGAGUCACCAACUACAGCACCACCAAUUCCAAGUAAGCCAAUGGUUGAAUCAGCUCCUGCUCCUCCGCCGGCUGUGUCACAGAAAUCUGAUCCAACAGCUAUCAGUCCAUUUACCAAUGUGUCAACAGCAGCAAAAUCAAAACUGGCAGCUUUAGAGGCUUCUGGAUCAAAUGCAUAUGUUCUAGUAUCAUCGCCUACGGUUGGCUCAUUCCGAAGUGGAAGGACGUUGAAAGGAAAAAAGCAGCCUCCUAGCUGUAAAGAGGGUGACAUUAUUAAAGAUGGACAAAUCAUUGGCUUCUUGGAUCAGUUUGGAAAUGAGCUUCCUGUCAGAUCAGAUGUUGAGGGAGAAGUCCUAAAGGUCCUUUUGAAGGAUGGAGAAGUGGUUGGUUAUGGAGACCCACUCGUUGCUGUCUUGCCUUCCUUCCAUGGGAUAAAAUGAUGCCAUGUUCAUUUGCAGUGGCAUCCCAACCUUGCAGAGCUCCGAGAUUUGGACGUCUGAUUGGUUAUGGAUCUGUUGAAUUUUCUUUCUCCCUUCAAUCCGGCAUAGUUGACUAGGUUGCAUUCAGAUGAUGAUGAUGAGAAUUUUUCAGGCAAUUGUUUGCUGCUUGUUAGAAUAAGUUGUUGAGACCUUGACUAGGUCACAUUUUUGUUUUCCCCUUAAAGCAUACAAUAUUAUUGAUUUCCAUCAUUGUUCUUCAUCUUAUAAUUAUGACAGAGAUAAAUGCAACCUCCUUGUAUUAAACUAUAGCUGAGGAUCCUUCAUAUUUUAAGAUUUCUCAUUGUUCCUUUUCUGCUUA